CCAGUGCCAAAGAACAUGCAGAAUAUUCAAGAAAACAGAGUUGGCAGUGGUACCAGCACAGUUCCACAGAUUCCUCACCAGAAUGUGGCUGGGACUGUCACCGCUGGUCAAUCUGGGCAGGCAGGGGAGGUGAGAAUGGGAGUUGAGUUGAAGUUGCCUGAUGAACUUAAGCCAUGUCUUGUUGAGGACUGGGAACUGAUAAACAAGCACAAGCAGUUAUUCCAACUCCCUGCUGAGAAGAAUGUAGAUACUAUUCUCGCGGACUAUGUCACUUUUGUGAAAUCACAGGGAAAGGCUGAUGAUAGAGAAUAUUCUGUUGAUGAACUUGUAUAUGGAAUAAGAGAGUACUUCAACAGGAUGCUGGGCACCCAGCUGCUCUGCCAAUUUGAAAAGCCCCAGUUUGCCGAAAUCCACCUGGCUUAUCCUCAUAUUCCAAUGUCUCAGGUUUAUGGGGCUCCACACCUCCUACGAUUAUUUACUCAAAUUGGGACUGUAUUGACCCAUUCCCUCCUUAGUAGGCAUAGUCUUAUGCGAGUGUCUAGGUAUCUGCACGAUUUCCUUAAAUACCUAGCUGAGAAUUCCACUUCUCUAUUUAAUGCCAGCAAUUACAAAGUGGCUUCUGCUGAGUAUUGUUGCCAAGCCCUGUGA